AAUAAUUUUUAUUGUAUUUAACAAUCCAUAAGGCAUCAGCAUUCUCUUUGGGCGACAUUUGUGUGCCACCGAUGGCGAAUGUGCUGAAAGUAUUUCUAGAAAAUGGCCAAACAAAGUCAUUUAAGUACGAUGCGACCACCUCUGUACAGGAUGUAAUGGGUUCGCUUUUGGACAAGCUGUGCCUCUCAACAGGAGAAAUAUUUAGCCUUGUGCUAGAGCAUGUGAAAAGUUUGAAGCGAAAUAAACUCACAUUGCUCGAUCCUGAGGAAUCUUUAGCGCGUAUUGCUGCACGACCAGGUGCGCACAAGCUGCGAUGUCUAUUUCGGGUAACUUUUGUGCCAAUAUCGGCAGCUGAUUUAGCUCAAAAGGAUCUAAAUGCACUCGAUUAUUUGUAUAUGCAGUGCUGUAAUGAUGUUACUCAAGAGCGUUUUGCGCCUGAACUUCAACCGGAGGUUGCGUUAAGACUAGCCGCAUUGCAUAUGCAUCAGCAUGCCUUGGCCAAUAACGUUUCUCCAACGAAGUUGACAGUUAAAUUUGUAGAGCGUGAGUUCGGCUUGGAAAGAUUUGUGCCCAUAUCUUUGUUUGAAGGUAUGAAACGAAAAGAGCUGAGACGCUUAAUAUCACAUUUCUUAAAAUUAAAUGCGGAGAUGACGGGAUCAUCAACCAAAGUUUUGACACAACUUCAGGCGAAAUUACACUACUUAGAUAUUAUUGCAAGUUUACCAAGCUACGGCGCCAAAUGUUUCAGCACAAACCAAAGAGAAGGAGUCGAGCGUGUUUUACUUGUUAGCCCGAGGUUUGGUUUGAGUCAAAUAUCCAGUACCAGAAAUUCGGUGCCCCAGCCCAUAUCGGCUAUUGAGGAUUUUAGUCAUGUCAUUGUUAACCGAGACGAUGACGUUACAUGCAAUGUGGUCAUAUUUAUGCAAGGUGACAAAGUUGUGAAAUUUUCGAUGGAGGACCGCGAUGCAUGUGAAUUUUCACUAGUUUUGGCUGGGUAUUAUCGAUUGCUGACAGGGAAAAGGCUCCCAUUAGAGCGAGAAAAGGAACCAAAUGAUGAAGACAACGCACCUUCAUAUUUAUCACAACACACUGUAUUGCCCGCAGCUUGGAGCUAUUUGUUGCCCUUACACAAUAGAGCGCACAGCAUAAACUUUCUCAUGACACCACCAUAUCAUCCGACAAAUAAAAAGGAGAAGUUGUCUGCUACUGAAAGUCCAGAUGCAAUCGGACCGUCUGACGUUAACUACUCCAGCAUUACGGAUAUUAAACCAAAACCAAAGAGCGUUUCAUUUGUUAGUAACGCUGCGAUGGAUCUGGAUAUUCACAGUGUUAUGGCGACAGAGUUACUAGAGGAAGCAAAGGAUUCUGGCAUGAGCGAUAGUAGUGGAGGUGGAAGUAAUUAUUGUGAGCAAUCAAACUGCUCGAAUACAAAUGAUUUUAUUGAGGCUAAAAAUGAAGAGGUGCUUCGGCGCGUGCAUGAAAUGCAGAAAAUGGUGGAAAACUCUGAACAGUAUUUGAACGAACAAUGCGAGUACGUUCAAGAUUUUGCUACCCGCCAGAAAUCAUCUGGGAACUUUAAUUAUUUCGGCCGAAUAAAUUCAUGGCAAAAUGAUUUGUUAAAUGCGGAACAAAUCGCGAACAAAUGGGGCGGUACAAUAGAGUUCGACAGCGAUUGCGAAAGCAUAAACAGCAGUAAGGUUUCUUCAACAGAGGAUACCCCACAACCAGGUGCCCUUAAGCAUAGCGACUCCUUAGUGCUUUUAGCAGAAGCUAUUAAUCAGGAUAUUAAUGGCAUAACCCAGAGCUUAAAAUCUAUCGGUAGCAAUAGUCAGGAUUUAGUAGCAACCAGUGCAAGUGUUAGUGAGGCGUCCAGUCCGCGCUCCGAACGAAAAUUCAACAAUCUCGGGCAAAUACUUAGCAACUUACAAGCAAGUGCCGACUUUUCCCAAAGCGAGAGUGAUUCUGAAUCGGUUAAUUCUCCAACAAACUCACCAACAGCACGUCGACCAAUAAUUCUGUACCCGGGAGAAACCAGAAUCAGCUCUAAAAAGAAUUUAGCAUAUCGUAGUAGCUUCGGCCUACAUAGUCCCGAUGGCAACAAUUUCGGUCCCGAUACCAGAGACUAUAAUUUGAAAGAAUAUUUAAAGCAACUCAAGGAGAUAAGUAAUAUUGAAGAUCGAAAUCACGAUACCGAUAUUGCUGCGAAGAAACUGUCAGAAAUUUAUGGUUUUGAAAUACGUGCGGACACAUUUAUUGAAACUGAUGCUGAUUUAAUUGAUCUACGAUCUAUACCGCCUCCACGAACCCCCGAUGAGUUAGACUCGAUUACCUUGCUGACUGCAGCACCACACGGAUUCGGUGAUGGAUCCAAAAAGACAUCUAUACCUGAUGUAGACGGCGAUUUAGAUAAAUUUUUAGCGAAAGUAAUAGUUGCACCGCCGACUCAGAGAGCUACGCCUGCUAAAGAGCUAACACCAGAGGAAAUAAUGUCAUUUAUUAUACCACCACCACCUAACCUAGAAGAGAUUGAAAAUUCGAAACAGGAGCAUAAUUUAUCAGAAAAGCAAACCGAAGGCUUAUACAGUAACUCUAUAUUAGAAACAGGAGAAAAAGCUAAAACUAAAUCUUUCGAAAGAAUUGACACAAACCGGUCACUCAAGGAAGUGAAUUCUAAAGAAUUUAAUGUGGGUAAAGGAGGACACGUCAUCGAAUAUGCAACAGUUGAAAGAAAAGGAACAUUUUCAUGUUGCCCUAAGUCUAAAAAGGAAGAUAAUUUCAAUGAAUCAGAAUCGGCAAAUAUAAGCCUGAAGUUACCCCCUCGUUCGCAAUCUAUAGAAGCAUCACCUCCACCCAUUCGGCCUCCUAAAAGUGCAGAACUAAUCAAGCGAUUUUCACCAAAGAAACAACAAGGCUCUAUUGGAAUAUUACCGAAAGUGGAAACAGUUACAAAACCGGAAAUGAUAAUGCAGACUGAAACACCACCUAUCCUACCGCCAAGAAUUUGUACUUCCAGCCGCGAAGAGGAAAGUCGUUCCCCUCCACCGGUGAGUGAAGCCCCAAAAAAGCCACCUCUACCGCCAAUAGCCCACCGUCCUACUCCGCGAAAUGCACCAGUUAAUACAACAUACUCUAUGAAGAAAAGCGUUUCACCAGUCCCGCCACAAACACCUCCUCGCAUUUUCCCGGCGUCUAGUCCUAGUUCAAAUUAUUCCAGUAGCUUACAACAGCAUCACCUUAUUACCCCGUCAGCUAUUGGUUAUCAAAGAUCCGCCACUGAUUACUCCUCGACCUACCUUCAGAAUUCAGUAAGCGAUAAAUGUCCAUUCUCUUUGGUCUGCUCUCCACAAAUGGCACGAAAAAUAAAAACUCCUGGACCUGUCGCCGUUCCUUUGAAUCCCAACACAACACAAAAAUUCGGCGAAAAAUAUAUUAUAAAAAAUGGACACGUUAUUGACAGCGAAGCACUGCUGGCCAAAACCGAUUUAGCAAUGUCAGGACUUAUGGUAAAACUAGAUCAAGUAGCCGCUCAGUGUUCAGCAGCGCAACUUGCUGGUGGUGGCAUUAGAAUUGAUGAAGAUAAAUUCCAGCGGGCGCGAAAUGAACUGACCGAACAAACAUUAGUUUUGGUGACUGCGUCAAAAUUCUUGGUGGUGGCUAUGUCCGAUAUGACGUUAUCAUCAUUGCCAGAACAUCUCACUUCAUGCCUCACAGCGAUCCGGCGUAUCACCGAACUCACUCAAGAUAUGACGCGCCAUACCUCAUCACCUCUGCAAACCCGUAACAUCGUACUCAAAGUGCAUGACGUGGCUUCCAGUUUCAGAGAACUAGUAGGUGUAAAAAUAGGUCCACUUGGCGCAGGACCACUUGCAUUACAGGCUGAAUGCUUAGCUAACGUCUUAGCUACAUUACUUCGCAGUUUACGAGUCUUCUCACCAUGAUUUCUUACAUAAUGAUAAGUUCAACCAACAGAAUAAAUGUCACGCAUUUAUGAAAUCUAUGACGCGAUUUAAAAACACUAAUACGUCGGUUAGUUACCAACGAUUGUAACUGUAUUGUUAUAACUAUAAGCCAUAUACAUACGAGAACUUUAAAAUAUAGGAUAUGCUUUGCAUGCGUUAGGGCAAAGAAUCGGAAUCGGAAGAUAUCAAGGCACAUUAAACAGGUAGUAUCAAGGUGUAUUUAACAAGGUGCUGUUGGGGCAACAGCUGAGUUUUUCGCCG